AUGGCCGUUGUACCUCGUCUCAAGCUCUGCCUCCUUGGCCUGGGCCGUCUCGGUGCUCUUCGUGCCAAGAUCCUCGCCUUUGAGCAGCCGCGCAUCGAACUUGUCGCCGUGUGUGACACCAAGCCUGGAGCCGAUGCAUGGGCAGCGGCCAAUCUCCCGCCCUCUGUCAAGUUCUUCUCGACUCCAGAGGAUUGUUUAAAAAACAGUGGUGCGCAAGCCGUCUUGAUCUCUACGGCGACCGCCACCCAUGCCGCAUUGAUAUGUCUCGCCCUCGACUUGGAUUUGCAUGUCAUGUGCGAAAAGCCCAUUUCCGUGGACAUCAUCACCACCGAGGAGGUCGUGGCAAAAUCUGCCUCCAAGCCUCAUCUCAAAUUCUUGCUUCCAUUCUCGCGCAGAUAUGAUGAUUCUUACCGUGCCACAAAGGCAAUGGUGGAAAACGGUCAGUUGGGAGAGAUACACGCAGUUGAGGCAUCUUGCCUUGAUCCUCAGGACAAAAAUGCUUUUUACGUCACAUUUUCCCAGCAGUCAGGAGGCAUAUUUGUCGAUGCUGGAAUCCACCUUAUUGACGUUGGUCGGUACUUUCUCGACGUGGAAAAUAAUAUUCCCAACCCCAAGAAGCAAAUCAACCGCGUCAUUGCCUUUGGUCAACAAGCCGUAUACGGCGAGCUGGCCAAGUUUGGCGAUGCCGACAAUGCCUGGGGACUGGUCGAGUUUGCCAAUGGCAAAAUUCUCCAGGUCACCUUGAGCCGGACCAUCACCAAUGGUUUCGAGGCCGCCACCCGCGUCUGCGGCACCAAGGGACACUCGGUUAUUAAUGGCAACUCGACAUUGAACCGUGUCGAAAUUCGUGAUGAAUAUGGCGUGCGCACGGCCUCGACCCCAGAUGCUUUUGCUCUCUAUGAUAAAACCUUUAUCAACGAUAUAGCAGAAUUUGCCACUGCUGUGCUCGAGGACCGACCGCUGUCCUGUUCACCCCAGGACGCGUAUGAGGCUGGAAAAAUUGCGUGCGCUCUGCAACACUCUUUCCGCCUAGGCGAGCCUGUUUAUUUUGACGAAGUUGGCCAGCCUAUUCUCAAACCCCUCGCACUUAAUUAA